AUGGAUGUGAAUGUGGGCUGGGACUCUGAGAAUAACAUUUGCGACACAGGUGAGAAGCAUUCAGACUAUUCCAGACAGACCACUAAGCAGGUGGGCCACACCUCUAGCCUCCAGGAGGAGAUGGACAUGAAUUGCUCGCAGACAUGCAGUCCUCCUUGCAACUCUGCUGGACCUUCAGGUAAGCAGGAGCUUCCUGCAGAGCUGCAGUGUGAAGACAAAGAAACCUGUGAGAACUGCUACCAGAAACAAGGUGAGAGUCCAACUGGUGUGUUUGCCCCCUCCAAUGCCAACUUUGACUUGCAGCGUGAAGAUAAGGAUUUAGAUCACCCUUCCUCUGAGCAUCGCGGGAAACCACAGAGAAGACCACGAGACAAUGACAAAAGUGCUGUUCUUGGUGAUGUGUUUGAUGAGGACCUGGAGCCUGUCUCUGAGGAAGCUUUGCCAUAUCGCUGCAAGAAGUGUGGCUCCUCUUUCCAGGGUACGAGCGAGUUACAGGAACACAGACGAACUCACCUUGUGGAGAACUCCUACCGCUGUCCCAUCUGUGCCAAAGAGUUCUUCCGCGCGGCAAAUCUGCGAAUGCACAAGCUCAUUCAUUCCAGCGACAGGCCACACAAAUGUCCCGAGUGUGACAAGGGCUUCAUCCGCACGGCUGAUGUCUGGAGACACCUACGCAACGUGCACAAGAUCGAGCGCUCCAUGGUGAUCCUGGGAAACGGCAUGGCCCGGAACCCGUGGUCCACAGUGCACCGCAGCCAGCACACGGUCGAGUACACCGAUCAGCCUUGUGCAGACAGCCAAAAAUCAGAGGAAGAUGACUAUAAACCUUAUGCCUGUCCAACGUGCGGCAAAGGUUUCGAUAAGCCCAACCUGCUUUCCAAACACAAGGUGAUCCAUCGGGAAGACAAGCCCUAUAAGUGUCAGGAGUGUGGCAUGGCGUUUGUCCAGCUGCUCAGGCUGAAAAGACACCAGCAGACUCACUCUGGGGCUCGUCCCUUCUAUUGUGAGGAGUGUGGGGGGACGUUCACCCGGCUGGCGUCGCUCCAGCGCCAUCACCGCAUCCACACCGGAGAGAAACCCUACUCCUGUACUUACUGUGGCCAUUCCUUCACCGAGUCCGGCACCCUACGGAGGCACGAGCGCACGCACAAAUUGGACAAACCUUGA